AUGGUUUACGGUGGAGGUGGCUAUGGAAGACCUGGAGUUUAUGGAAGACCAGUAAUUUAUGCGAGGCCAGCCGUUUAUCAUAGACCUGUAGUUUAUCAUCAACCUUAUUAUCAUACUUAUUGGGUAUGUUUCAAGUAUUUUUUAGAGGGGAAAAAUAAUGAGAAAUCAAAAAUAUCUCAAAAGUUAUAGCACCUUUGGAAAAAUUCAAGAUCUUCUGUAAAAAAUUAUGCAGUGAUUCUAGAAAAAACAUUCGUUUCCCUCUUCAAAAAAAAAAAACAUACUUAUAGUAUUAUCCUUCAUAUCGUGUUGGAGGUGCAGUUCCAAUGUAUGGAAUUUAUACUGCUGGUGGUGUUAUUCUUCUUAUACUCUUGAUCUUUAUAAUUAUUAUAUGUUGGAGAUGUUGUAAGUUUUGUCUUGAACUAUUUUUUUACCGAAUUACUUUGAUAUUUACAGGUUGGACUCCGGCAGAACCAGUGGUUGUUGCUCAUGAUGUUUAUGCUGAACCAGUUGUUUAUGAAGAUCCUUAUAUGUAUCAACAACCAGUUAAUUAUGGAUAUUAUCCACAACAAUAUCAACAAGGUUAUCCGCAACAACAACAAUAUCAAUAUCAAGGAUAUCCUCCUCCAGCAUAUCAACAGACUCCAGCUCAACCUUACUCAGCACCUCCAGUGCAAGAACCUGCGCCUACUCCAGCACCGGCACCCGCGCCUUCAACACAACCUGCUUCAAAAUCAGUGUCACCCAACAAUAAAAGCAAGAAAAGUUCGAAAAAAACUGACAAAAAAUAA